AUGCCCACCAUGUCAGCCGCUCCCGAACCCCAGAUUCAGUACGUUACUCUAUCAAUGACUCAUAGCUCUCUCUGGGACCAAUCAGCUAACAAUCCAAACAGAGACCUUCUUAACAAGCCGAAGAGCGAGCUCACAGAAUAUGAGGUCGCCCUCGUAGAGGAACACGAGCUCACCGCCGGCCCGUUGUCUCUCCUGCAGACCGCCACCCGCACUCACACCCAAGUCCUGAUCUCGUGCCGAAACAACCGCAAGCUUUUGGCUCGUGUCAAGGCCUUUGACCGACACUGCAACAUGGUCCUUGAGAAUGUCAAGGAGAUGUGGACCGAGAAGCCCAAGGGUGCCAAGGGCAAGGGCGUGAACAAGGACCGUUUCAUCAGCAAGAUGUACGUACAUCAAACUGGGAAAAGAUCUUUGUUCCUUCGUGGCGACUCUGUCAUCCUCAUCCUGCUCAGCUGA